GCUGUUGCUUCGGCUCAGGUGAUGUUUCCCCAGUCACAGCAAAACUGUCUUAUACAUUGUGUCCAACUCAUUUCAGCUUCCCAAGUAUCUCAAACGCAGCAGCGCCUCCCUCCUUCCCUUCUUUCCAACACUGCUACUAAUUCCCUCCUUUCACUUCCAUUCACACCUACUUCAUAACUCUUCCACUCUUGCUUUCUCUCUUCACUUCAAGCAACGACCAAAGCCAAGCCAUGGUUCUCUCAAUCCAGGGUGCUUCGAAUUCUGUUGAGGAGGUUGUGUUCAGCUUCUACACUGAUGAAGAAGUGAAGAAGAACAGCCGCGUCAAGAUUACAAAUGCUAACUUGCUUGAUACUAUCGGUGUCCCCGCUCCUGGUGGUUUAUAUGAUCCAGCUUUGGGUCCAUCCGAAGAGAAAUUGCCUUGUAAAACAUGUGGUCAAUUGUAUCACCUUUGUCCAGGUCAUUUUGGUCAUAUAGAGCUUGUUUCCCCUGUCUACAACCCCUUGAUGAUCAGUCUUCUUAGAAAUAUUCUACAAAGAACUUGUUUCACUUGCUGUCAUUUUAGGGCUAAUAAAGAACUGGUGGAAAAAUGUAGUUCCCAGUUGGAGCUUAUUAUGAAAGGGGAUAUCAUUGGGGCAAAAAGAUUGGAUUCAAUUAAUAAAGAUGAAUCCAUGUAUCAAAGUGAUGAUGAUGAUAAGAGCCAGUCUUGUAGCUCUGAACAGCAGGGAGAAAGUUGGACCUCGCUGCAGUUCGAAGAGGCAAUUUCUAUUGUACAGAAAUUUUUGAAGAAGUCUUCUAAAAGAUGUCAACGGUGUGGUUCCAUUAAUCCUAAAAUUAGCCAACCAACCUUUGGAUGGUUCCGUAAGGAUGGUCUGUCAGCUGCUGAUGCUAGAGCAAAUGUCAUAAAUUCUGAUGAUACAAUCUUGGCAAGUGAGACUAUAACCGAUGACAGGGAUACAACAUAUGGAGAGGAUAUCAACUCUGCUGGGACCAAGAAAAGUGAUGCAAAAAGACACGAGUUGUCUUACAAGCUUGCUGAGCAAAAUCGACUUUCUGGUCCUUUGUUACCAUCGCAAGUUAAAAUGACGUUAGAACUUUUGUGGAAAAAUGAGGCUCGAUUCUGUUCCUAUAUUAAUGAUAUUCAAGGUCAGGGAUAUGGAAAGAAAGCAGGGCACUCAAUGUUCUUUCUUGAGAAUAUUUUUGUUCCACCAAUCAAAUUCCGCCCUCCCACUAAAGGAGGUGAUAUGGUAUCGGAGCAUGCUCAUACUGUUUUGUUGAGUAAGAUUCUGCAGGCUAACAUAAGAUUAGGGGAUGCCCAUCUAAACAAGAAGGAUCCCUCGAUGGUUUUAGCCAGGUGGAUGGAACUUCAGCAAUCUGUAAAUGUGCUCUUUAACAGUAACACUUCUGGCCAAAGAGAUGCAAGUAAUGGAAUUUGUCAGUUGCUGGAGAAGAAGGAAGGCCUCUUCCGCCAGAAAAUGAUGGGAAAGAGGGUUAAUUUUGCAUGCCGCUCUGUCAUAUCACCGGAUCCUUAUUUAGCAGUGAAUGAAAUUGGGAUUCCCCCAUAUUUUGCUCUAAGGUUAACAUAUCCUGAGAGAGUUACUCCUUGGAAUGUAGUGAAGUUAAGGAAUGCUAUUCUUAAUGGUCCAGAAACCCAUCCAGGUGCCACACAUUAUGGCGAUAAAUCAUCAAUAGUAAAGCUUCCACCAAAAGGGAAGUUGCUUGCUUUGACAUCAAGGAAAUUACCAUCAUCAAGAGGGGUUAUCAUGCAUAAUGGAAAGAUAUGCGAUCAAGAAUUUGAAGGAAAAAUUGUGUAUCGCCACUUGAAGGAUGGUGAUGUUGUGCUUGUCAAUAGACAGCCUACACUUCAUAAACCUAGUAUAAUGGCGCAUAUAGUUCGUGUUCUGAAGGGGGAGAAAACAGUGCGUAUGCACUAUGCAAACUGUAGUACUUACAAUGCUGAUUUUGAUGGUGACGAGAUUAAUGUGCAUUUUCCACAAGAUGAAAUUUCCCGUGCUGAAGCUUACAAUAUUGUAAAUGCCAACAACCAAUAUGUGAAGCCUACCAGUGGUGAUCCAAUAAGAGCCUUGAUUCAGGAUCAUAUUGUAAGUGCUGCCCUUCUAACAAAAAAGGAUACAUUUUUAAGCUGUGAAGCAUUCAAUCAACUUCUCUACAGUUCUGGUGUAUCCAUGCCUAUGGUGGGAUCUUUCUAUGCAAAACCUGGGCAGAAAGUUUUCACAUCAACUUCCGAGAGUGAAAUGUUUUUGUUUCCUCCAGCCAUAUGGAAGCCAGAGCCCCUUUGGACAGGAAAACAGGUCAUUAGUGCAUUGUUAUACUAUGUCACUAGAGGUUCCCCACCAUUUACAGUUGAGAAGAAUGCGAAAAUACCAGCUAAUUUUUUCAAGACUCGAAACGGAAACACUAAAGGACGAACCACUAAGAAGUCAAGUAAGAUGGAGGAUGAGCCUGAUGAGGACAAAUUGUUGAUAUAUAGAAAUGAUUUGGUGCGUGGCGUGGUUGAUAAGGCUCAAUUUGGUGACUAUGGUAUAGUACAUACGGUACAAGAACUUUAUGGCUCAAACAUUGCGGGAAACCUUCUUUCAGCAUUUAGUCGUUUAUUCACAAACUUCUUGCAGAUGCAUGGGUUCACAUGUGGAGUUGAUGAUCUUCUGAUAACAGAAAGAAAGGAUGGUGAAAGAAUGAAUCAACUUAAAAGCUGCGAAGAAAUUGGUGACAUUGUUCAUCGGGAAUUUGUCGGAGUCAUGGAAGGUGAUAAUAUAGACCCAACCACACUGCAGUUGAAUAUUGAGAAAAAAAUACGCAGUAAUGGAGAUGCAGCCUUAACAUACUUGGAUCGGAAGAUGAUAAGCAGUCUUAACUCCAAAACAAGCUCAGGAGGUUUAAAGGAGCUAUUAUCUGAAGGUAUAUGGAAACCUUCUGGGAAAAAUUGGAUUUCUCUUAUGACUACAUCUGGAGCCAAGGGUAGUAUGGUCAAUUUCCAGCAGAUAUCUUCCCAUUUAGGCCAGCAAGAGUUGGAAGGAAAACGAGUUCCACGCAUGGUUUCUGGAAAGACCUUGCCAAGCUUUCCUCCCUGGGAUUGUUCCCCUAGAGCAGGAGGGUUCAUUAUUGAUCGUUUUCUCACAGCCCUUCGUCCACAGGAAUAUUACUUUCAUUGCAUGGCAGGGCGUGAAGGGUUGGUUGAUACUGCAGUUAAAACUUCUCGGAGUGGUUACCUGCAAAGAUGUCUAAUGAAAAAUCUUGAGUGUCUCAAAGUUAGUUAUGAUCACACUGUCCGUGAUUCUGAUGGUUCAGUUAUUCAAUUUCGUUAUGGAGAAGAUGGCGUAGAUGUCCAUCAAACCAGCUUUAUUACCAAAUUUGAAGCCUUGUCGACUAAUAAUGAACUGGUUUACAGCAACUGUUGCCGUGAGCUUGACAGAUCCAGUCCUUAUAUUAGCAAGUUGCCUGAUGCUCUUAAAGGAAAAGCUGAAAACUUCAUUCAUAAUUUUUCUUCAAAGAAGAGAAAUCGUAGUUCAUUGAAACGAUCAGAUUUCUUGAAGUUGAUGGAGCACAAGUAUGUGUCAAGCCUUGCGCAACCAGGAGAGGCAGUUGGUGUUUUAGCCUCUCAAUCUGUCGGGGAACCAGCAACACAAAUGACCUUGAAUACUUUUCAUCUUGCUGGUCGAGGGGAAAUGAAUGUGACUCUUGGAAUUCCGCGUCUGCAAGAGAUCGUGAUGAAUGCCUCGGAACAUAUACUGACUCCAUUUAUGACAUGCCCCUUGAGAGCUGACAAAUCAAUGGAAGAUGCAAUUUGUCUUUCCGAUAAGUUGAAGAGAAUAACUGUAGCUGACAUUAUUGAAAGUAUGGAAGUGUCUGUUGUACCAGUAGUUGUUUGUAAUGGUCAGAUUUACAGAGUAUAUAAACUUGUGAUGAAGCUAUAUAAACCUAAACACUAUCCGAAAUACACGGAUAUAACACUUGAAGAUUGGGAGGACACACUAAGAGUUCUCUUUGUGAGGGAGUUGGAGGAUGCCAUUGAGAAUCAUGUGGCACUGCUUUCCAAAAUUGGUGGCAUUAAAGAUUUUAAGACAGAGAAAUCCACCACAAAUAGCUCAGAUGAUGUAAACGGCAAUGAAACGGAUUCUGCAAAGAAAGGCCGGAGUAAUGAUGAUGACGAUGAUGAUGGUGGGGCUGAUGACACAGAAGGGGAUGAGGAUCUUGGUUUUGAAGCACAGAAGAGAAAACAGCAAGUUACUGAUGAGGUUGAUUAUGAAGAUGAUCCUGAAGAUGAGACGCGUGAUAAUGAGUUAUCAGAAGUAUCUGAUGGUGAUUAUGGUGGAAGUGAUAAGGAGGAUGAUAAGAACAUCACACUUGAUGCCCGUGAUUCUCAAGGACUUGAAGAACUGGCAGAGCCUGAUGGGGAUGUCUCACCUUCUGAAAAAAUUGAUCGGAAAUCUAAGCACAAAUCUAGUGGUGAAAAAGAGAAGAAAAAAUCUGGACCAAUAAGAAAGAAAUAUGACAGAUCAAUUUUUGUGGAAGCAAAAGGGAUGCAUUUUGAGAUCCACUUCCAAUUUACUCACGAGCCGCAUAUUUUAUUGGCUCAGAUUGCUCAGAAAACAGCCAAUAAGGUUUGCAUCCAGAAGUAUGGAAAGGUUGGCCAAUGUAAGGCUGUUACAUGCAAAGAAAGUGGAGUAAUCUACUACGGCGAAGAUCACCGUUCAAGGGAAGAUAUCCCUGCCGCCGAAGCGGAAAAAAUACCAGCACUUCAAACUUCUGGUGUGAAUUUUCAAACAUUUUGGGACUUACAAGAUCAUCUUGAUGUAAGGUACAUUUAUUCCAACGAUGUCCAUGCUAUGUUAAAGACAUAUGGUGUGGAAGCAGCCAGAGAGACCAUCAUCAGGGAAGUUAAAAAUGUCUUCAAGUCUUAUGGGAUAUCCGUAGACAUCCGGCACUUGAUGCUUAUCGCCGAUUUCAUGACUUUCGCUGGUAAGUAUCGUCCGAUGAGCAGAUCCGGAGGCAUAGCAUUCUCUACUUCCCCUUUCCUCAAGAUGUGCUUUGAGACGGCCUCCAAGUUCAUCGUCGAAGCAUCUUCUCAUGGCCUGGUCGACACCUUGGACACUCCGUCUUCUAGAAUUUGUCUUGGUUUGCCGGUGAAGAUGGGAACCGGUUGCCAUGACUUGUUACAGAAACUGGAAAUAUAAGAUCGUUGCCAUGUUACUCCUAGAUCUCUGGUUGAUUCAUGCCUAGAAAAUCUGGCAAAUUUUGACACCUUGUACAAUUCAUUGUUUACAAAUUUUUACAGGCACAUUUUUCUCUGGUUGAGUAGUAGUUUGUUUGGAGGCAGUAGUAUAAUGCUUUGAAAUGUCAUUCCCAUUUCCAUCAAUAGCUAUGUAUAAUGCGAUUUUUUAUGUAUAAUAUCUACGUUU